CCUCUCAGCCUCCGAGUCCAAACCAGCGUGGUGAAGAUCCUCGAGGAGGAGACAAACAUGAAGAUGUACUACACAACCUGCUUUCUCGUUGCUCUUCUGAUUGCCGUUCAGUCAGGUCCGAUACCAAAGAAAGCAGAGCAAGAUGAUGCUUUUGCAGAGGCUUACCUGAAGAAAUUCUACAACCUCACUUCGACACCCACUAAUAAAGGAAGAUUCAGUGAGAUGAGUCUCAAGCUAGCCGCGAUGCAGAAGUUUUUUGGACUCACCGUGACAGGGACAAUGGACACCGAAACCUUGGAGGUGAUGAAGAAGCCACGGUGUGGAGUUGUCGAUGUAGGUGCGUACUCCACGUUCGGCGGAGACUCUAAAUGGCAAACAAGCCAGCUGACCUACAGGAUUGAGAAUUACACUCCCGACAUGUCUGUGGCUGAAGUGGACGACUCUAUCGAGAGAGCGCUGCAAGUCUGGGCUCGCGUCACUCCUCUGAGGUUCUCCCGCAUCUACAGCGGUAUAGCCGACAUCAUGAUCUCCUUCGGGAGAGGAUCCCAUGGUGAUGCCUACCCGUUUGAUGGAACAUCUGGCACGCUGGCUCAUGCCUUUGCCCCAUCUAGUGGCAUUGGUGGAGACGCACAUUUUGAUGAAGAUGAAAGCUUCACCUUCACCUCUACCAGUGGAUUUGUUUUGUUCCUGGUGGCCGCCCAUGAGUUUGGUCACUCUCUGGGUCUGUCUCACUCCAGUGACCCCGGUGCCCUCAUGUACCCGACGUACAGCUACAGAAACCCAAACACAUUUGUUCUGCCUGCAGAUGACGUCAAAGGCAUUCAGUCUCUCUAUGGCCCAAAUACAGAUAAACCUGUCGAACCCAGUAAACCCAAUCCACCUCCAGUCACCCCGAGCGCCUGUGACCACACGCUGGUCCUCGACGCUGUGGCAACCCUGCGUGGAGAGAGGCUCUUCUUCAAGGAUGGCUUCUUCUGGCGCUUAUUUGGAACCAACUCGGUCCAGCAGCAGCUGAUCAAGAGCUUCUGGCCCGAGGCUCCAGAUAAUAUCGAUGCUGCAUUUGAGAACACUGUGCAAGACAGACUGUACCUCAUCAAAGAUCAGACAGUCUGGGCUUUCAGUGCUUAUGACCUUGUGAGUGGAUUUCCCAAGAGCCUUAGCAGCUUGGGUCUGCCUGCCCAGGUGAAGAAGGUCAGCGCUGCACUUCACUACCAAAGCACUGGCAAGACGUUGUACUUCGUGGACAACAAUUACUACAGUUAUGAUGAAAACAAGAGGAAGAUGGACACCGGAUACCCCAAACUGGUCGAACGUGGCUUCCCGGGGAUCACUGGGAAAAUCACUGCUGCCUUCCAGUACAGGGGUUUCACCUACCUCUUCAGCGGUACGAAUGUUUUUGAGUACAGCACUUCUACCAAGAAGGUGUUGCGUACGCUAAAUAACAACUACUUCUUGAAGUGCUAGUGGUUCUUCUUGUUUUUUUUUAUUAUUAUUAUUUUUU